CCUGCGCGCCAAUUAGAAACGUCAACGAGCCAGUGAACAUUAAGCGGAGCAGACCAAAAUCCCAAACAAGGAAAUGGUGGGGGAAUAAAACGAGCAGAUUAUUUAAUUAAUGCAUGUAAUAAUUAAUAUUAAAUUGUAUAGUAAAUUAGGACGUAUUUAUGGGUUAAAAUGGAUUACGACUUCAAAACAAAGCUGGCGGCCGAGAGAGAGAGAGUAGAAGAUCUGUUCGAAUAUGAAGGUUGCAAAGUGGGUCGAGGCACCUACGGGCACGUUUAUAAAGCUAAACGCAAAGACGGGAAAGAUGAUAAGGAGUAUGCACUGAAACAAAUAGAAGGCACUGGAAUUUCGAUGUCUGCAUGCAGGGAAAUUGCUCUCCUGCGAGAACUGAAACAUCUUAAUGUGAUCGCCCUGCAGAAAGUGUUCUUGUCCCACAGCGACAGAAAGGUCUGGCUGCUUUUCGACUAUGCGGAACAUGAUCUUUGGCACAUCAUCAAGUUCCACCGCGCCUCCAAGGCCAACAAGAAGCCCAUGCAGCUGCCCCGAGGGAUGGUGAAGUCUCUCCUUUAUCAGAUUCUGGAUGGGAUCCAUUACCUCCAUGCCAACUGGGUGCUCCACAGGGAUCUGAAACCGGCGAACAUCCUGGUGAUGGGGGAAGGCCCUGAACGAGGAAGAGUUAAAAUCGCUGAUAUGGGUUUUGCCAGACUAUUCAACUCUCCCCUCAAGCCACUGGCGGACCUCGAUCCUGUAGUCGUAACUUUCUGGUACAGGGCCCCUGAGCUUCUGCUGGGGGCCAGGCACUACACCAAAGCUAUUGACAUUUGGGCAAUUGGCUGCAUCUUUGCGGAGCUGCUAACGUCGGAGCCCAUCUUUCACUGUCGCCAAGAAGACAUCAAGACCAGUAACCCCUUUCAUCAUGACCAGCUGGACAGGAUAUUUAGCGUCAUGGGUUUCCCUGCAGAUAAGGAGUGGGAAGACAUUCGGAAAAUGCCAGAGUACCCCACACUACAGAAGGACUUUAGGAGGACGACGUAUGCAAACAGCAGCCUAAUCAAAUACAUGGAGAAGCAUAAAGUCAAACCAGACAGCAAAGUAUUCCUGUUGCUUCAGAAAUUCCUCACCAUGGACCCCACCAAAAGAAUCAAGUCAGAGCAGGCACUGCAGGACCCAUACUUCCUGGAGGACCCACUACCAACCACUGACGUGUUUGCUGGGUGUCAGAUACCCUACCCAAAACGAGAGUUUCUCAAUGAGGACGAGCCAGAGGAGAAAACAGAGAAGAACCAGACCCAGCAGCACCAGCAGACGACAGGCCAGAAUCAGGCCCAGAACCAGCAGCAGACCACAGCCCAGCAGGCUCUCUCCCAACAGAGCUCGGGUCAAACAAAUGGGACCGGCGGAGCCACCGGCGGAGCCACAGGGGCAACCACUGGCGGGGGUUUACUACACGGCCAGGACCAGGGGCCGCCCAACAAGAAACCUCGGAUCGGGCCCUCUGGGGCCUCCUCAGGCACAGGGGUGUUACAGUCAGAGUACCAGCACUCCGGCUCCCGUCUUGGUUACCAGAGCAACGUCCAAGGUUCCACCCAACCCCAGAGCACCAUGGGAUACUCAUCGUCAUCCCAGCAGAGCUCCCAGUACAGCCUGCAAACACACCGUUACUGAGGCUCCCAGAAACUCGUAAACCAGCAGAGGAGUCUGUUCCUCCUCCUCCAGACACCCUCAACAACCUCAGCAGACGUCAGCCGAUGCCCUCGGCUCACGCUUCCUUGUCGGACCUCGCUCUGUGCAUUAAUCAUUCCAAGUCAGCCAACCUCCUUUUCAACCCUCCCUUGUCUCUGACCUCUUACCCAACAGCCUUCAGCAUCACUUAUACAUAAAGGCAAACAAACAUAGAUGUGAAGGCAUCACACACAGACUCAGAACCAUGGAACUUACAAACACAAUGCUCCUCACGAGGAUGAACAUAUAUAUAUAUAUGUACAUUAUCUAGCACCUUUUUUUUAUUAGAUUUUUUUUCUCGCUUGUUUGCUAGAGUUUUCAAGUUUACCUUGAUAGUUGAUGUCAUUGUACAUAUUGUUACAUAUGGAAACUAUCAGAUGAAAUGAAACACGGGAGGAGAGGGCCUUUCAUCCUGUCAUCUCUAGUGUACUAUAACUUUGGAUAAUCAAAAGAAAGGCUAAGCCUGUCCUUUUAAGAAGGAGUCAAUGUUUCUACAUAGAGAAUAAUCAGCUUUUUAGCUGUUGCUAUUGCAGGGAAAUAAUAAAUGCGCAAUUUAACUUAAUCUUAUUAUAGUAUUUCUGUAUUUAGAAUUCUCUCUAUCUAGAUCUGGAUUUGGAAAGUAAGAUUAGUACACAGUUCUGUCUAUUCGGACUAACUACAUCCACUACAUGUAGAGAUAAGAAUUCUCGGACAGCCAGGCUUCAUGUCCUCUGACCGCCACAGCGUAUGCAGGGGGUUGGACACCAUUUGUCUGUGGUCAGCAGAGCUGUUGAAGGACGCUUUUUUGUGACACCCAUCUCAUCAUGGACCCUAAAGACUCCCAAGGUUUGUGAACACGAAUGUGCACAUAAACGUACAGGGCAGCUAACAGUACAGCCCCCUAUAUGCUUCUUGAGACUGUUUCUGCUGGAUGUCAGAUUGUUUUUUUAAGUUUCUAUUGUCAUUAUCUUUGUUGCCCUGUGUGUGUGUGUCUGUGUGCGCACACGGCAGUAUGUUGUUUUAUGUUGUAUAUCCUUUUACUUACUAGAAUUGCUGCUGAACCAAUCUGCAAAAAGCUGGAACAAUUAUGGGGUGAGGUUAGUCGCCUUUUCCACUCCGACCCUCUGGCCGAGCACUGAGCCGACGUUUCACAGAGACUGGGAACAUUUAAAGACAGUGGGUGUGUUUUUUAAUAUAAGCCAAGGUCAUCAAUGUGCGCUGCGCCUACAGCGAGACUUCUUAUCUAGUUUGUCCUUUUUUUAUCAUUCCUUUAUACACACUCCUACAUGUUACUAAGUACAUUUCAUGUCUGUAUCCUAAAUGUUAACAAAAACACCAGCAGCCAGCUAGUUUAGCACAAAGACUGAUCAAAGGGAAACAGCUAACCUGGCUUUGUCUUAAGGUGACAAGAUCCACCUGCGAGUGCUUCUUCAGCUGAUAAACACAUGAUAUUGUGUUUGUUUAAUCUGUACAGAAAAAUAUUAAAAACUGGAAGACAGUACUUUGCCAAUAAAUAGGCAGGAAUAUAACAUGUACACUGGCAAAUUUGUCAAAAUAUCCCAAAAUAUAUAAAUAAUUUAUUACUACUUAUAGUUCCUUUCAUGCUAAUUUUUAUUUAAUUACGAGCUUCAGAUGCUAAUUUUUUUUUUUUAAAUCAAGUUUUAUCUUUCAAAAGUUCAGACUCAGGUUCAAUUGGUAUGACGGCAUUUACAAUAAAGAAAUAUGAAAAUAAGGGUUUUAGGAAGCAGCUAUAGUCAGAAUUGUAUUUGGAAGAUUGAGGCAAUGCUAGAGACUGAACUAUGUGAAGUACUUCAUAUGAGCUGCACCACAACUAUAGUAAAAUGCUACAGAGAUUAUCAUACACCAUUAGAAAUACUCAUUCAUUAUAUUCUAUAUAUUACACUAUGAAAUGGGCCACUGUACAAUUUUAAGUUGGGAUACUACAUUUUGUUAUUAACUAAUUUAUAUUUUUACAAAUGUGUCAUUACCCCGCAGCAUUUUUGCUUCACACUAUUGAUUCCCCACAUUUUGCUCCAUCCUCACUGGCCCUGCCCAGUCACAUGACCGGCCACAGGGCAGGCUGUAGUAAAGAACGCACCCAGUGACUCAACUGUUUCUGCUCCUGCAUGUUCUCCAGCAGGACAGACGUGUACACUGUAGGAGUUGGAGGGAGGGGGAGGAUGUGUUUUUCAGACGUUUCGGCGGCAGUGGGAAACACUGACACCCUUUGGCUGAAGAGAGAACUGGACCUCUGUCGUUGGUCAAACUUUAAAUCUACAACCCAGAGUAAAGCAUUCUUCAUCAGAAAACGCAGUUUUAGUAUCAAACUGAUGUUAAUGUUGUGACCAGAAUUCCAUUAAUUUGUACAGAUGUAAAGAAGCCGCCGGCCUCGCCCUCAGUCAGACAAUGGGUAUUUUUAUGGGAUCUCAUCGCUUAAAAUAACUCGAUAUGGCUUUUUUUUUUUACCAUGCAAUGAUGAGUGUGAUGCAAAAUCUCUUCGGUGACUCCUCCGAUCCUCUACACUGUGUCGUUCUUUGAAGAUGCCAUGUGGCUCAAUUACUGUCAAUGUCACAGGUGGGAGUCUCUCCCAUCCAAACUCUGUCAAUUCUGUAUAAUGACAGACAUCUUUUUUUUCACUUUCGGCAAAAAAACAUCUGAGAUCAUUACUGAUGAACUUCAAGGAUUUACAUCCAACCCUUUUACUUUGUCCUGAACAGUUUAAUUCCGAAAUACCACAUUUGAAGAUCUAUCUUAAGUGCUUGGUGGACUAAAAACGUUUGCAGAACAGAUACUUUAGGUUUUUAAGUUGCAUUCAUUUACAGUUUUUCACAAGUGUAACGAUGACCAAGCCACCUUAUAGAGAGCCAAAGUCCAGCUCCAGGUUCAACUCUGAUCCUGCAGCUUGUUUUAUUUCUAAAAUAUGUAGUUCUGUUCCUGGGUUCACUAUAAUUAUUAUAAGAAAAAAGAGUCCUACAGCACUUGUUAUUAGAGCAGGAACCUCGCAUGCAAAUGUACCAGUAUGGAUACUAUCAUCAUAACUUCUUUACUGCUUCACUUGGCUCUUUAUAAAGUUGGUACAUAUUUUUAAAUGGUUCCUUCUAUGGCCACCUGAACACAAGUCUUCUUUUACCUCUGGUUUGGUCUCCUCUGCUUCUUCAGCUGACACUUUUUUGCCUAUGGCUGUAAAUGAAGGUGACGAGAGUGGCAGGCUUCAAAACCAAAACAAUGGGCUAAAAGGGGCAAACAUGCCCAACAGUGCAGCGUCAGAUGAUCAUUUUCUUUGGCUUCUUCGAUGUCUUGGCACCUUUCACAUUCCACAAAGUAAUGUGAUCCAUUGUCAGUGUAAAAAUAACUAUUAGUGCAGCUUUAAGGACAAACUCCAGGUAAUGAAAUGUACGUGUAAACUUAUUGUUUCAUUGUUUUCACUCCUGUGUUGCGACAGUCUAGCAGACACACCCAGGUGAACACGACCCGUUGACUCACAUUUGAUGGGGAUUUAAAACCAGCUGCUAUUCGAAGGUUUUCCCCUACCUUUAGUGUGUUUGUUUGAAGUCACUCAGUGAGGAUACAUUCAGACACUUAGUUGUAAAUGUUCUCUAUCGACUCAAACGAGGUGUCACAAGUAUUAUUGAGCACACGGCUCUGUCGGACAAAUUGCUCUGUAACAACUCCUAUGCAAAAAUCAGAGUACAUCCCAGUGUAAAGCUUUCACCUGUGCUUAGGAUUUGGCAGUUGACAGGCUUUGUUAUAUUUUGAUGGUUGUAUUCAUUUCUUGCGUAAUACUGCAUUUAGUAGUUCAAGACAACACUCACUUAUGUCCUUUUCUUCACAGCAUUUUUUAAUAUUCUCUAAAUGAACCAUUGUAAAAUAUAUAUAUAUAUAUGAAUAAUAUACAAUCAUAUUUAUUAUUUCCAUACAUCUUUGUAAAAAAACAAUUUUUUUAAUGUCCUCUGCCUUAACUAUAGUAGCUAUAGAAAGGGACCUCUGUCAGACAAACCGGACAUCUCCAGACCAUAUGUCUUUUUAUCUCAUGUCUCUAUGGUCACAUGAAAGCAUGUCUCCUUACUGAAUGUUUUGAUGCUUCCUCGAUGUACAGUAGGAUGAAGAUGACGUUGUUUUGGAUCAGCUUCUUGUGCUCUGUUUCAUGCACAUAUUCCACAGAAUCACUGUUUCUACAGGAAUGAUAAUUAUCCACGUUUUUAUUUGUGUGGAUGGUGCCUUUUUCACUCGAUUAUUUGUUUUUGUAAGAUUGUGUGUAUAUAUUUUUGUAAUUUGCCAUCUCCUUUGUCCGCUCUUUGGGUUUUUACUAUGUAGCAUAUUAUUAUUUACACACUGUUGAUGCUAGCAGAUAUAUAUCAGUGUUUUGUUUCACAUUAUCGUGUCCCACCUUGGAAGACUGCAAACAAUCCUGACGGAGGAUUAUCUCAUGUUCUUUCUGAUAGAUAUCGUCCUCACACAUGACUUAAGCGCAGUUAAUCGUAUCGUUUUGAAAUGCUGUACAUAAAAACACAUUUUAAGAAUUUUUCAUUAAGACAUUGAGAGAAGAAUUGUCUUUUAAUGCAGUGUUGUUGCUCAAAUAUUUAGUGGUAAAAUAAAAAUUACAUAUUUAAUGUUU